GAGAUCUGGGGCUGGCCACCGCCUUCACUCGCCGCAGCAUCAGGACCAUCAAGGACAAUGAGCCCCGAGCGAGUCACCGCAUCCAUGCGUUAAUCUCACGCUAUUCCAAAGACCAGCUAUGAAUCAUGUAUGUGAUAGUACUUUCAAAUCUGCUCGCGUGCAUCCUCGCUUCCUGUCUCCAGCCUUCCGUGGCGUCAGCGUCAGCCGUGUUGGAGGCUGAGAUCCCCGGGGAGGCAGUGUCAUUGCUGCUACAGAAGGAUGAUACUGCAGCCGGACAGAAGCACAAUGCCAGCGGGCCGCAGGAGUCAGAGUGCACACUCACAUACCCGUCUCGCCUCAUCUACUACCGGAACGAAGCUUCGGAGAGCACCUACCAUGACCUGAACACUCACGCUAGGAUUCCUGACCCACAUGGACAGGAGGUCCAUCUCGCUCAGGCUUCAUUUCAACUUCAGGCCUUUGGAUCACAAUUCAUUCUGGACCUCACAUUAAACAAUGACCUGCUGUCCUCAGACUAUGUGGAGAUACACUAUGAGAAUGGGAAGCCCAUCCUUUGGAAGGGUGGAGAGCACUGUUAUUACCACGGCCAAAUCAGAGGGAAUGACAACUCUCGUGCCGCUCUGUCCACUUGUAACGGUUUACAUGGCAUGUUUGAUGAUGGAGUCCAUGUGUACAUAAUUGAGCCACUUAAACAGAAUCACUCUAUGGAGGGAACAGCGAGACCACAUGUGUUACGCAGGACGACUAUCCUGCAGCAAACCCCAUCUGCAGGAGAGGAAGGCAUGGAGGAGGAUUUGUCUUGGCUUCGACGGAGGAAAAAGCGAGCUAUGCCAAGGAAUGUGUUUGAGGAGAUGAAGUACAUUGAACUGAUGAUCGUCGUUGACCACAGCAUGGUGUGGAAGAUCUUUAAAGAACACCUGAACACGCGUGUGGUGCUGGUCGCUGUGGAGAUCUGGACGGACAAGGAUCACAUUCCCGUUAGUGUGAUUCCAUUCGAAAUGCUGCGAAACUUUUCCAAAUACCGACAGCAGCACAUCAGGCAGCACGCAGAUGCAGUGCAUCUGUUCUCUAACGUGACGUUUCACUAUGCUCGGAGCAGCCUAGCGUAUUUUGGAGGGGUGUGUUCUGUCAGUCAUGGGGUUGGUAUCAUUGAGUUUGGCUCUACGUGGACGAUGGCACCACUGCUGGCCCAGAGUUUGGCUCAGAAUCUUGGUAUUCAAUGGGAUUCAGCAUUAAAGAGAAAGGAUUGUGGGUGCAUGAACUCCUGGCUGGGCUGUAUCAUGGAGGACACUGGGGUCCAGCACCCGCGGACUUUCUCUAAGUGCAGUAUCACCGAUUUUAAAGAGUUCCUGUUGAAGGGAGGAGGAUCCUGUCUCUUUAACAAACCCAGCAAGCUGUUUGAAGACACCGAGUGUGGAAAUGGAUAUGUGGAAGUGGGAGAAGAGUGUGACUGUGGACCAAGAGAAUUCUAUCCUCGAGGUUACUCGUGCCGCUAUGCAGUAAAUGACUGUGAUAUUUCAGAGAUGUGCUCAGGAGACUCAGGGCUGUGCCCUCUCAAUCUACACAAGCAGGACGGUUACUUCUGCUCCCUCAACCAGGGUCGCUGCUAUGCUGGAGAGUGCAAGACGAGAGACAGUCAGUGUAAAUAUGUGUGGGGACCAAAGGCCGCGAGUUCGGAGAAGUUCUGUUAUGAGAAGCUGAACACAGAGGGCUCAGAGAAGGGCAACUGCGGUCAAGACGGAGACAAAUGGAUCCAGUGCAGUAAGCAUGAUGUAUUUUGUGGAUAUCUGCUGUGCACUAACACUGGCCGAAUCCCACGGAUUGGAACUAUAAAAGGAGAAGUCACUCCCACAAAUUUCAACCAUCAGGGCAGACUGAUCGACUGCAGUGGUGGUCACGUCUUGCUGGAUGAUCAGACUGAUCUCGGGUAUGUCGAGGAUGGAACUCCAUGCGGUCCGUCUAUGAUGUGUCUGGACAGGAAAUGUCUCCCUCUUCAGUAUCUGAACCUGAGCUCCUGUCCCACCGGACCCAACGAGCACGUCUGUUCCAGUCACGGGGUGUGCAAUAAUGAGGCGGCAUGUACAUGUGACACAACGUGGGCGGGGACAGAUUGCAGUAUGCCUGAUCCUCCAAAAGAACCACCCCCUGCUGAAGAUGAGGGACCCAAGGGUCCUAGUGCCACCAAUCUCAUCAUAGGGUCGAUCGCAGGGGCCAUCCUGGUGACAGCUAUAGUCCUGGGUGGGACGGGCUGGGGGUUUAAGAACGUCAAACGGCGAGGAUACGAUCCAAGUGCAUCUGCCAUCUAGUGGACAGAAGGAACGCUCCGACCUCCAGAGCUUCUCUAUUCAGCUGGGCUGCUGUUUUUGCUGCUCUUUUCUGGC